GUGGCUGUUAAGAGCGAGUGAGAAAUCAGUUUAAUGGUUCGUUGACCGAAGGUUGAUGCUAGCAAGAAAACCGGAGUGAUUUUUACGUAUAAAAAGCUGAGGGAAAGCUGGUGAGAAUACAGUUCGAUUUCGGACCUUAGUGCAUGCUCAAGUUUCAUCACCAUGAAGUUCUUCAUCGUUGCCCUGACUCUGGUUGCUCUGGUUGCCGCCGAGGAUGACAAAUACACGACCAAGUACGAUAGCGUCGAUGUGGACGAAAUCCUGAACUCGGACCGUCUCUUCAUCAACUACUUCAAGUGCCUGAUGGAUGAGGGCGCCUGCACACCGGACGUUAACGAGCUGAAACGUGCUCUCCCCGAUGCCCUGGAAAAUGAUUGCGCCAAAUGUAGCGAGAAGCAAAAGACCCAAAGUACCAAGGUUAUCAAGAAUCUGACCGAGAAGCGCCCGGAACAGUGGAAGCUCCUGAAGGCCAAGUACGACCCCAACAACAAGUAUGUCGAGAAGUACGCCGAUGACGCUGACAAGGAUGGAAUCAAGCUGUAAGGAUUUCCACUGCCUUGAUUAUGCUGUGACCUACGUUUUGCUGGACAAAGCGCGAUUAUUGAUCAUUUUUUGCUCCCGAAACCCUGUAAUGAUUUUUGACCGCUUUUAUUAACAGUGAAAUAAAGGAAUU